AUGAAGCAAACCUUUAUUUAUUCAAAUCCUGUGUUAGCUCUACUAAAUUCAAAUUCAACUUAAAUUAGCCUAAUGUCAACAACUGAUUUGAAUGACUCAAUUGAAUACCAUAUAGACUAAAAAGAAUAUUAAACCGAGGUAGAGAUUGUUAAAUAUUUGAACAAUUUGGGGGUUAAAACUAAAACUGAUCCUUAGAUAAAAGAAUAACAAUAUUGGAAGGAAAGAAAAUAAAAAAGUUAAAAAAUUAUUUUAGAUACUAAUGUUAGUACUGCUGAAGGAAUAGUAUUAAAUCCUUCUGUAAAUAGAUUAUUAAGAAAGAAUGUAACUCAAAAGAUAAUUAGAUCAAAUAGUCCCCUCUUUUUAGUGGAUUGA